CUUAUUGCUAAAUCAACUGCCUGAGCAGACGUAUUUUGUAAGAAGCAGCCUCCGCUGAAUCAGUGUGAUGCUGGGUGCCAAUCCCAGCUGGCAGGCACCCUGGUCAUGGAGGACUGCAACGUGCACUCGGCUGCCAGCAUCCUGGCCUCAGUGAAGGAGCAGGAAGCCCGGUUCGAGCGGCUGACACGAGCACUCGAGCAAGAGCGGCGCCAUGUUGCCCUGCAGCUGGAGUGUGCCCAGCAGCCUGGCAUGGGCAGUGGUGGUGUGGGCAGUGGGCAGCCCCUGCCGAUGGCCUGGCAACAGCUGGUCCUGCAGGAGCAGAGCCCAGGCAGCCAGGCCUCACUGGCGACAAUGCCAGAGGCUCCCGAGGUUCUGGAGGAGACAGUGACAGUGGAGGAGGACCCUGGCACCCCCACCUCUCACGUGUCCAUUGUCACAUCUGAAGAUGGCACAACUCGGCGCACUGAGACCAAGGUUACCAAGACGGUCAAGACGGUGACCACGCGGACGGUACGCCAGGUGCCCCUGGGCCCAGAUGGACUCCCCCUGCUGGAUGGUGGCCCCCCUCUAGGCCCUUUUGCCGACGGCCCCCUGGACCGGCACUUCCUGCUACGUGGUGGUGGCCCAGCAGCCACGCUUUCCCGAGCCUACCUCAGUAGCGGGGGUGGCCCUCCUGAUGGCCCCGAGUCCCGGGAUGGCCCUAGCUAUGGCAGUCUAUCUCGUGGGCUGGGUGUGCGGCCCCCACGCACCGGCCCCCUUGGCCUGGGCCCUGCUGAUGGCUGCUUCACGUUGCCUGGCCGCCGUGAGGCCUUCCCUGUGGGCCCUGAGCCUGGGCCGCCAGGUGGCCGCUCCCUGCCUGAGCGCUUCCAGGCAGAACCCUAUGGCUUGGAGGAUGACACUCGUAGCCUGGCCGCUGAUGAUGAGGGUGGCCCUGAGCUGGAGCCUGACUAUGGCACAACCACGAGAAGGAGGCCUGAAUGUGGGCAGGGCCUGCGCACCAGGGCCUACGAGGACACGGCAGAUGAUGGUGGUGAGCUGCUGGAUGAACGGCCUGCAUUCCCGGCAGUAACAGCGCCCCUGGCCCAGCCAGAACGGGGCAGCCUGGGCAGCCUGGACCGGCUGGCGCGACGUUCACCCUCAGUGGACAGCACCCGUAAGGAGCCGCGGUGGCGGGACCCCGAACUUCCUGAGGUGUUGGCCAUGCUUCGGCACCCUGUGGACCCUGUGAAAGCCAACGCGGCCGCCUACCUGCAGCACCUGUGCUUUGAGAAUGAGGGCAUCAAGCGCCGGGUGCGGCAGCUGCGGGGACUGCCUCUGCUUGUGGCGCUGCUGGACCACCCUCGGUCCGAGGUGCGGCGCCGGGCCUGCGGGGCACUGCGCAACCUCUCCUAUGGCCGGGACACUGACAACAAGGCUGCCAUCCGGGACUGCGGCGGUGUGCCGGCCCUGGUGCGCCUGCUGCGGGCUGCCAGGGACAGUGAGGUCCGUGAGCUAGUCACUGGCACACUCUGGAACUUGUCAUCUUAUGAGCCCCUGAAGAUGGUCAUCAUCGACCAUGGCCUGCAGACGCUGACUCAUGAGGUCAUCGUGCCCCACUCGGGUUGGGAACUUGAGCCCAAUGAGGACUCCAAGCCACGGGAUGCCGAGUGGACAACUGUCUUCAAGAACACAUCGGGCUGCCUGAGGAACGUGAGCUCAGAUGGUGCCGAGGCCCGGCGGCGACUCCGGGAGUGUGAAGGGCUGGUAGACGCACUCCUGCACGCCCUACAGUCAGCUGUGGGCAGGAAAGACACAGACAACAAGUCAGUGGAAAACUGCGUGUGCAUCAUGCGGAACCUGUCCUACCACGUGCACAAGGAGGUGCCUGGGGCCGACAGGUACCAGGAGGCAGAGCCCGGGUUCCCGGGCAGUGCCACGGGCCCCCAGCGCCGGAGGCGGGAUGACGCCAGCUGCUUUGGUGGCAAGAAGGCCAAAGAGGAGUGGUUCCAUCAAGGGAAGAAGGAUGGUGAGGUGGACCAGAACUUUGACACACUAGACCUGCCUAAGCGAACGGAGGCUGCCAAAGGCUUUGAGCUGCUAUACCAGCCCGAGGUGGUACGUCUCUACCUCUCCCUCCUCACGGAGAGCCGGAACUUCAACACUCUGGAGGCUGCCGCUGGCGCCCUGCAGAACCUCAGUGCGGGCAACUGGAUGUGGGCCACGUACAUCCGCGUCACCGUGCGCAAGGAGCGCGGGCUGCCAGUGCUAGUGGAACUGCUGCAGUCCGAGACCGACAAGGUAGUGCGCGCCGUUGCUAUCGCUCUCCGCAACCUCUCGCUGGACCGGCGCAACAAGGACCUCAUCGGGAGCUACGCCAUGGCAGAGCUGGUGCGGAACGUGCGCAAUGCGCAGGCUCCGGUACGACCUGGGGCCCGCCUGGAGGAGGACACGGUGGUGGCCGUGCUUAACACCAUCCACGAGAUCGUGUCUGACAGCGUGGAUAAUGCGCGCUCGCUCUUGCAGGCCCGUGGUGUGCCCGCUCUGGUGGCUCUCGUCGCCUCCAGCCAGUCCGUGCGCGAGGUGAAGGCUGCGUCCCACGUGCUGCAGACCGUGUGGAGUUACAAGGAGCUGCGUGGCGCCCUGCAGAGGGACGGCUGGACGAAGGCACGCUUCCAGUCAGCAGCUGCUGCCGCUAGGUGUUCCAAGGGAGCACCAAGUCCUGGGGGCUUUGAUGACAGCACACUGCCACUGGUGGACAAGAGCCUGGACAGUGAGAAAGCAAGCAGUAGAGACGUGAUUCCCAUGGACGCACUGGGCCCAGAUGGAUACUCCACCGUGGAACGGAGGGAGCGCAGGGCUCGGGGCAGUGGCUCCACAGGGGAGGCCUCUGAGAAGGAGCCUUUGAAACUCGACCCUGGCAGGAAGGCCCCGCCCCCUGGGUCCAGCAGGCCCACAGUCAGGCUAGUGGACGCCGUGGGGGACGCUAAGCCUCAGCCCGUUGACUCCUGGGUCUAGCUUGCAUGCCUGGGCCCAGGCCCAGCUGCUUGUUCUUAGGGAUCAUUUCACCCAAGAAGGGCCGUCCUCAGCAGACCCUGUCGUGGAGCUCCGAGCACCCUGGUGGCAGAGAUUGGCAGUGCCUGUGGCCCAAGCCAGGGCCUGGCUUUGGGGUGCCCUCCUGCCCCUCCCCACCCCCCUCUGCUCUCCCCACCUAACUCCCUAGACCUAAGUUAGCUGUUUACUGACAUGGUGCUGUGUGUGAGCGAGUGAAAGAAGGUCUGAGAAGGCUGGCUGAGCUGCAAGGGCAGGACCAGGGCGGCAUCAGGGAAGGUGCCUGGCUGUGCUUUGGGGCUGGAGGGUAAGGGGUGUGUGCCCCUGUGUAAGGUUGCAUAAGAGGAGUGGGCUGGGUUGGCGGUGUAGACCCCAGGGACAGGCAGCCAGGCAGAGAGUGGGGGCAGGGCAGAGAAGUUGGACUCAGAGGGUGGAGGACUCCCCUUGUAGCCACCCUGCAUGGCAGGGAAACCACAGAGGAAGGCCUGGGCCCAGGCAAGGCGGCUUUGAAGGCAUUAGGACGGGGUCAGGCUCCACAUGCCCUACCACCUGUCUUGGUCCUGCAGAUGUGUGGGCCCCCAUGCAGUGGUGCCCUUCCCUGUACUGACCAUCAGGGCCGCAGCUGCUGCAUCCACUCAGAGCCCCAAGUAGCACCUCCGGGACUGAGCUUCAGCAGUGGUGGGGAGACUGCUGUUCAGUGCCUGUUGUUUGUGACUUAAAAACAGAAGAAAAACACUGAUGAAAUGCAUUAAAAAUGAAACCAAAAUAAGACUCUAUUGGUAAACAUCUCAAUUUUUGUAAGAAAAUUUAAAAAUUAAAAACAACAAAAGAAUUUUUUG